GCUGGGUUGCUGCUGGCCCUGGGCCCACCGCUGCUGCAAGAGAUUAGUAACUUUCUUUUGAUCGUGCUCAUGAUGGGAGCCAGUGGUCCUGAGCCUUCUGAAGUUAGGAUUCUGCCUGGUGGUGAGGAUCCUGACACCAAGGAUGGGACACCCAGGAUGGAGGUUCCUGGGGCCUGGCCCCCAACACUAUGAAGAGCCCUUGCUGAGGCCAUGAGGGGUUACCAUGGCGACCGAGGCAGCCAUCCCCGCCCAGCCCGCUUUGCUGACCAGCAGCAUAUGGACGUGGGCCCAGCUGCCAGGGCCCCGUACCUGCUGGGCUCCGGGGAGGCCUUCUCCACCGAGUCCCGCUUCUGUGCCCCAAGAGCUGGCCUGGGACACCUUUCUCCCGAAGGGCCCCUGAGCCUGAGUGAGGGGCCAUCGGUAGGCCCUGAGGGAGGGCCAGGGGGGACUGGAGUUGGGGGGGGUAGCAGCACCUUCCCCAGGAUGUACCCCGGCCAGGGCCCCUUCGACACCUGUGAAGACUGUGUGGGCCACCCACAGGGCAAGGGUGCCCCCCGCCUGCCUCCUACACUCCUGGACCAGUUUGAAAAGCAGUUGCCAGUUCAACAGGAUGGCUUCCACACGCUACCAUACCAGCGAGGUCCAGCGGGGCCUGGGCCCGGGCCUGGGCCGGGGUCUGGCUCUGCCCCGGAGGCCCGCAGCGAGAGCCCCAGCCGCAUCCGGCACCUGGUUCACUCCGUGCAGAAGCUCUUUGCCAAGUCCCACUCUCUGGAGGCCCCGGGGAAGCGGGACUAUAACGGGCCCAAGGCUGAUGGAAGAGGUGGCUCUGGGGGAGACAGCUACCCUGGCGCAGGCUCCGGAGGCCCCCACACCUCCCACCACCACCAUCACCAUCACCACCACCACCACCACCAGUCCCGGCAUGGCAAGAGGAGCAAGAGCAAGGACCGCAAGGGGGAUGGGCGGCACCAGGCCAAGGCCGCUGGCUGGUGGAGCUCUGAUGACAACUUGGACAGUGAUAGUGGCUUCCUGGCGGGUGGGCGGCCUCCUGGGGAGCCAGGUGGUCCCUUCUGCUUGGAGGCUCCAGAUGGGUCCUACCGGGACUUGAGCUUCAAGGGGCGCUCGGGCGGGUCAGAAGGCCGCUGUCUUGCCUGCACUGGCAUGUCCAUGUCACUGGAUGGACAAUCGGUCAAGCGAAGUGCCUGGCAUACCAUGAUGGUCAGCCAGGGCCGGGAUGGAUACCCAGGGGCCGGGCCAGGCAAGGGGCUCCUGGGUCCAGAGGCCAAGGCCAAAACCAGGACUUAUCACUAUCUGCAGGUGCCGCAAGAUGAUUGGGGGGGUUACCCCACUGGGGGCAAAGACGGGGAGAUCCCCUGCCGCAGGAUGCGGAGCGGCAGCUACAUCAAAGCCAUGGGGGAUGAGGAGAGCGGGGACUCCGACGGCAGCCCCAAGACGUCUCCCAAAGCGAUGGCCCGGCGCUUCACUUCCCGCCGCUCCUCCAGCGUGGACCAGGCCCGCAUCAACUGCUGCGUCCCACCCCGGAUCCAUCCCCGGAGCUCCAUCCCUGGCUACAGCCGUUCCCUCACCACCGGACAGCUCAGCGAGGAGCUGAACCAGCAACUGGAGGCUGUGUGCGGGUCUGUGUUUGGGGAGCUCGAAUCCCAAGCCGUGGACGCCCUGGACCUGCCCGGCUGUUUCCGCAUGCGGAGCCACAGCUACCUCCGGGCCAUCCAGGCCGGCUGCUCUCAAGACGACGACUGCCUGCCCCUCCUUGCUGCCCCUGCCUCUGUCUCAGGGAGGCCCGGCUCCUCCUUCAACUUCAGAAAGGCCCCGCCGCCCAUCCCGCCGGGAAGCCAGGCCCCGCCCCGCAUCUCCAUCACCGCCCAGAGCAGCACCGACUCCGCCCACGAGAGCUUCACGGUGGAGACGAUCUCAGACUCGGACACGGAGAACAGAAGUCGCAGAGAGUUCCACUCCAUAGGCGUGCAGGUGGAAGAAGACAAGAGGCGGGCGAGGUUCAAGCGCUCCAACAGCGUGACGGCCGGCGUGCAGGCAGACCUGGAGCUGGAGGGCCUGGCCGGCCUGGCCUCGGUGGCCACAGAAGACAAGGCCCUGCAGUUCGGACGCUCCUUCCAGAGGCACGCCUCUGAACCCCAGCCCGGCCCCCGGGCCCCCACCUACUCAGUCUUCCGCACGGUCCACACGCAAGGCCAGUGGGCCUACCGCGAGGGCUACCCACUGCCCCCCGGGGCCGGCCGCCGGGACUCCUGGAUGGAGCGUGGCUCCCGCAGCCUCCCCGACUCAGGCCGCACGUCCCCCUGCCCGCGGGACGGCGAGUGGUUCAUCAAGAUGCUGAGGGCCGAGGUGGAGAAGCUGGAGCACUGGUGCCAGCAGAUGGAGCGCGAGGCGGAGGACUACGAGCUGCCCGAGGAGAUCCUGGAGAAGAUCCGCAGUGCCGUGGGCAGCACACAGCUUCUCCUGUCCCAGAAGGUUCAGCAGUUCUUCCGGCUGUGUCAGCAAAGCAUGGACCCCACUGCGUUCCCUGUGCCCACCUUCCAGGACCUGGCGGGUUUCUGGGACCUCCUGCAGCUCUCUAUCGAGGACGUGACCCUCAAGUUCCUGGAGCUACAGCAACUCAAGGCCAACAGCUGGAAACUCUUGGAGCCUAAGGAGGAGAAGAAGGUCCCUCCGCCGAUACCAAAGAAGCCCUCGCGGGGCCGGGGCGCGCCGGUGAAGGAGCGCUCGCUGGACUCGGUGGACCGGCAGCGGCAGGAAGCGCGCAAGCGGCUCCUGGCGGCCAAGCGCGCCGCCUCCUUCCGCCACAGCUCGGCCACCGAGAGCGCCGACAGCAUCGAGAUCUACAUCCCCGAGGCCCAGACCCGGCUGUGACCCGCCGGGCCGCGGUUUCUGCCCGUACUGUACACCCAGCGUCGAGGUC